CUCAGUCGCUGUCUGGUCGGGUAGAGGCAGCGCGUGCACGCGUGCGCAGUGCGCGGGCGGGCCGUCGUGGGCGCCGCUCCCGGCAGCUGGGUGCCUGAAGGAGCCGGGACCGCGGUGGCGCGGGUGCUCCGGGUGGAGGCCGCGUGUAAUGUUCAAGCCCAGAAAUGCCUUAUGUGGAUCGACAGAAUCGCAUCUGUGGUUUUCUAGACAUUGAGGAAAAUGAGAACAGUGGGAAAUUUCUUCGACGGUAUUUCAUCCUGGAUACCAGAGAGGACAGCUUUGUAUGGUACAUGGAUAAUCCACAGAACCUGCCUUCAGGAUCAUCACGGGUUGGAGCCAUUAAACUUACCUACAUUUCAAAGGUUAGCGAUGCGACUAAGUUAAGGCCAAAGGCAGAGUUUUGUUUUGUUAUGAAUGCAGGAAUGAGAAAAUACUUUCUACAAGCUAAUGAUCAGCAGGACUUAGUGGAGUGGGUAAAUGUCUUGAACAAAGCUAUAAAAAUUACAGUACCAAAGCAGUCAGACUCACAGCCGGCCUCUGAUAACCUGAGUCGCCAAGGUGACUGUGGCAAGAAGCAAGUGUCUUACAGAACUGAUAUUGUUGGUGGAGUACCCAUCAUCACUCCAACACAGAAAGAAGAAGUAAACGAAUGUGGUGAGAGUGUCGACAGAAACAAUUUGAAACGGUCACAAAGCCAUCUUCCUUACUUUGCUCCUAAGCCACCUGCAGACAGUGCAGUCAUCAAAGCUGGGUAUUGUGUGAAACAAGGAGCGGUGAUGAAAAACUGGAAGAGAAGGUAUUUUCAGCUGGAUGAAAACACCAUAGGCUACUUCAAGUCUGAACUGGAAAAGGAGCCUCUGCGGGUAAUACCACUUAAAGAAGUUCACAAAGUCCAAGAGUGCAAGCAAAGUGACAUAAUGAUGAGGGACAACUUGUUUGAAAUCGUGACGACGUCUCGGACUUUCUAUGUGCAGGCUGAUAGCCCUGAGGAGAUGCACAGUUGGAUUAAAGCAGUCUCUGGAGCUAUUGUAGCACAGCGGGGACCGGGCAGAUCAUCAUCAUCUUCUAUGCGGCAGGCCAGAAGGCUGUCGAACCCUUGUAUACAGAGGUAUACGUCAAGAGCUGGCGAAUGCAGCACGAGCAUUCCGGCUGUCCUUCAGAAUCCAAAUACACUGUCCGUCCUGCCGGGGCAGCAGCCGCCGCCACCUCACAUUCCGCAGCCUCUCGCAGCCACUCUCUGGUCUCAAGCUAUACCAUGGAGAAGCGAGGAUUUUACGAAUCUCUUGCCAAGGUCAAGCCAGGGAACUUCAAGGUCCAGACUGUCUCUCCAAGAGAACCAGCUUCCAAAGUGACUGAACAGGCUCUGCCCAGACCUCAGAGUAAAAAUGGCCCUCAGGGAGAAGAUGGUGAGCCAGUAGACUUAGAUGACGCCAGCCUGCCAGUCAGCGAUGUGUGAGGGGGGAGCACGUGGGCUGCCUGCGCCACUCACCCUCAGUGUCCUUCCAUGAGGCUUCUCGCCAAAGAUGAUAGAGGGUGAAUGAUCUCAGUGCAUAUGUUAGACUGCCUCGUGGGUGUGCUCUGUAAGCUGGCAAACUAGGAAGCAGGGAGUGGCCGAGGCAACAUAAUUUCUUUAAGAAAGGAAGGAGAAAUGCUGUGUCCAUAUUGACUGUCUGAAGCUUUACAUGUUUGGGUGGCAAAAAUGUGUGUGUGAUCUUUUUUUCCUCUUAGUGACUUUGAAAUUUUAAAUAACAACUUAAAACAUUAAAAUUUCUUAUUUUGGCCAUUUAAACAUGCUAAUAUGACUCCCUAUGAAAUAUUCAAUAUUUACACAUUCUUAUCAGCUAACAUUAUCAAGUGGGACAUUCCCAGACAAAAAUUUCUCAACUCAUGAUGUCUGUGGUGCUGCAGAAUUUAUAUCACAAUGUGGACCAUUUAGAAAUUCUAACCGUUUAUGAUGUUCUGGCUGUCCAGGUGAGUGGAAAAUUUUGCAUAGAAGAUUGGAUUACACUAUUGGUGCAGGUGGGAGUUGAACAGGGCUAGAUGAAGGGGAGAUUGGAGGUCAGCUAUAGCUAAGGUUUUUUUUUCUUUUGUGGGGAGGGUACUUUUUUAUUUUUAUUUUGGUGACUGGAUUUUUCUGUGUAGCCAUGGCUGUCCUGGAACUCAUUCUGUAGACCAGACUGCCCUUGAACUUGUGGUGAUCCUUCUGCUGCCUCUGUUGUCUCCCAAAUUAAUAGGAUUGUGUCACCAACUUGCAACCUAAGACACUUGUUUUAAAAAGCUCAGUAUUUUAUUUCAGUAAAAACUGUUUGGUGAUAAAUUUUGAAAAGAUCUGAUUUUUUUUUUAAUCAAAGUUUUGUAAAUAGAUCUUAUUUCUGAAUUUGGACCAGUGAAAGACCUCAGUUCACAUGCUAAGUCAAAAUGGCCCUUGGUCAUGAACUCGUUGUGACUCUACCUUUUCUUCAUUAGUAACCUACCCUCAAGUGCCUGUGUCUUCUCAUCUCACUUAGGAUUGUGCCCCCAGAGUCCUACAUGACUGGCUUUAAAUGUCCAAAUAAAUGAAUUUCAGUAGCGUAGUUUGAUAUUUUAAAUAAGAUAGCAUUUUAUAUCAGAGACACCAGAAUGUUGGUGUUCAUCUGCCUGUGCAAUAUGUAUGUCUUGAAAACCAGAAUUGAGUAUGCAGUGAGCGUGGGGCUCUCAUACAUAGAAGCACCUCUCUGGAGAACCAAGUGUCUGCUGUCAAGUGAUGGCGGGUUUGAGCAAGCACUGUUUUGUGGCAACAUUGUCAGUGUUUGCCUGCCCCAGGCUGCUGCUCCAUGGCAUCUCCAGUCUUGGACUUGUGUCUUGGAGUUGUGGGUGUUAGUGUUUCGCCUUUUUAUGUUAUAAGACUACUUGUCGGAGGAUGAAAGAUUUGCUACAGUGGUCUAGGGUUAAGAUGUGCUAUUUAGUUGCCCAGCACAAGAACGUACCACUCACCUUUUCUACUCAUAAGCUAAUGUGUUAGAGUUCUAUGUUGUUUUCUCUUGUGCACCUGCAUUAGAAAACCAUAGGACAUCAAGGUCGUUAAGUAGCUAUCACCUCUGCUGCCGUAUUCAUGUCCAGGCUCUCAGAAGUCCUUCUUCAUGAACACCCCUAGGGACCCUUGUACAGAGUCUUGGCAGUAUGGAUGAGCCUGGCGCGGUUUUCUUUGGUACAGCCUCCACAGUGCACGUUCAUUUUAUCAUAUUUUGGUAUUGGUAAUUUGAUAACAUUUCAUGGUGGUAAAAUAUUAGCUCUAUUUUGGGACUUUUUAUAGAACUACAUUUAUUCGAAAGCAUAGGAAUAUGUUCUUGUGAUUAUCAGGAUCUCCUAAUAUUUAUCUCAAUUCUUUUGUAAGCUUAUGGAAAUUAUUUAAUUAUUUUAAAGCAUAUUUUACUGUAAAUAUGUCAUAUCUGAAGUGUCAGUAGUUACUUUGAAUACCGUACUAUUUGCUGUAUUUUUUCCUGUGUGUAUACUGUAUCCUUCCAGAACAGGAGUGUACCUUCUAAUGUUCACUGUCACACUGCUCUCUGUGUGUCCGGUUGGUUGAACACUGUACUGACUUGAGAAUAAACUGCUCACAAUCCAUUGUCA